CUAACUUCUACACGUCUUUCUUCAUCAUCGUUCGAUCAGGGGGGUUUGAAGAUCAAGAGAUCGUAAGAGAUGUUGGGAGGGCAUGAUUAUGAAGAACAUCAUGAUGAGGAGGAUGUUGUUCUUCUGGAGAUGACCCAGAAAAACUUCGAAACGGAGCUGGAGAAGUUUGGGGAAGAUGAUCAGUUGGAGAGCAGCAGCAGAUCGGUGAAGGACGCCGCCAUGGGAGAGGACCCAUUUCUUCACAAUCACACUAAUAAGAGGAAGCGUUACCAUCGCCAUACUCAGCUUCAAAUCCAGGAAAUGGAAGCGUUCUUUAAGGAAUGUCCUCACCCAGAUGACAAGCAAAGAAAAGAGCUGAGCCGUGAGCUAGGGCUGGAUCCCCUCCAAGUCAAGUUCUGGUUUCAAAACAAGCGUACCCAACUCAAGGCUCAACAUGAACGCCAUGAGAACGCAAUCUUGAAGGCUCAAAACGAGAAACUAAGAGCAGAGAACAUGCGGUACAAGGAAGCUCUAAGCAACACCAGCUGCCCCAAUUGUGGCGGCCCUGCCGCUCUUGGCGAGAUGUCCUUUGAUGACCAACAUUUGAGGAUCGACAAUGCGCAGCUAAGAGACGAGAUUGAGAGAUUAAACUCAGUUGCUAGCAAGUUUGCUGGGAAGCCAUGGGCUUCCCAUUCUCGCAUCCCGCCCUGCGCCCUUGAUCUUGGGGUUGGCAGAGCAUUGCAGCCGCCCCAAGCAGAGUUCUUAGGGGAAAUUUAUGGAGUUGGAGACAUGUUGAAGUCUGUCACUACUGAAAUUGAUAAGCCAGUGAUCGUUGAGCUUGCUGUUUCAGCCAUGGAAGAACUUUGCAGAAUGGCUCACGCAGGUGAACCCUUGUGGGUUCCUGGGGAAAACUCCAUGGAAAUGCUUAAUGAAGAUGAGUACCUCAGGACUUACUCUACAGGAAUUGGCCCAAGAAUUCUGGGGCUCAGCCUUGAAGCUUCAAGAGAAACUUCCAUUGUGGCUUUCAAUCAUUUAAAACUUGUCGACAUUCUCAUGGACGUCAAUCAGUGGUCAAACAUAUUUUGUGGGAUUGUUUCGAGAGCGUUGACCCUCGAAGUUUUGUCAACGGGAGUUGGUGGCAACUAUAAUGGAGCUCUCCACGUCAUGACGGCAGAGUUUCAAGUUCCUUCUCCUUUAGUUCCGACUCGAGAAAAUUACUUUGUGAGAUAUUGUAAGCAGCAGACAGAUCGGAGUUGGGCUGUAGUCGAUGUCUCGCUAGACUAUUUACGUCCUACUCCAACGUCAAGGACUCGAAGAAGACCGUCGGGUUGCUUAAUCCAAGAACUUCCCAAUGGUUACUCAAAGAUUAUGUGGGUGGAACAUGUUGAAGUGGAUGAUCGAGCGGUACACAAUUUGUACAAACGAGUGGUCACUUGUGGGCUUGCCUUCGGCGCCAAACGAUGGGUGGCUACGCUUGAUCGACAGUGCCAACGCCUGACCAACUCCUCUGCUGCCAAUAUUCCUGCAGUGGACAUAUGCGUGGUAACCGGGCAAGAGGGGAGGAGGAGCGUAAUGAAGCUAGCAGAGAGAAUGGUUAGGAGCUUCUGCAGUGGCGUUGGAGCUGCUUCUGCACACAAUUGGACAACAUUAUCCACAAUUGAUUCCGACCAUGUUCGAGUCAUGGCAAGAAAGAGCCUCGACGACCCCGGGCGACCUCCCGGAAUUGUUCUAAAUGCAGCAACUUCAUUCUGGAUUCCAAUUCCCCCUAAUAGGGUCUUCCAUUUUCUUCGAGAUCAAAACACUCGCAGUCAAUGGGAUGUUCUUUCAAAUGGUGGGUUGGUCCAAGAAAUGGCUCGCAUUGGCAAUGAUCGCAACCCGGGGAACUGUGUGUCGUUGCUUCGUGUUAACAGUACAAAUUCAAGCCAGAGCAACAUGCUGAUACUACAAGAGAGUUGCAGCGACAUCAGUGGUUGCUACAUAACCUAUGCACCAGUCGACACCGUCGCUAUGAACAUGGUGUUGAGCGGCGGAGACCCUGAUUACGUUGCUCUGUUGCCGUCUGGAUUCGCCAUACUGCCUGAUGGACCUAGUGGCCCCGAUGCGCCAGCGGGAAUUCUGGAGUUCGGGUCCGGUGGUUCCUUGUUGACAGUUGCAUUUCAGAUAUUGGUGGAUUCAGUGCCAACGGCCAAACUGUCUCUAGGGUCGGUGGCGACGGUGAACAGCCUCAUCAAGUGCACGGUCGAGCGGAUUAGAGCUGCGGUCAUGUGUGAGCAUCCAUGAAUUAACAGAGACAAACUUUUUUCUUUUUGGGUUUUUUUUAAAGAGUGAGCUAAUCAAGAUUUCAAAGAGGACAGAAGAAAAAAAGUUUGAAAGGUUAAGAGUUAUAUGAUGAAAAAGAAAAGGGAAGGAGUCAAAAACGAACCUUGUGUUAUCCUUGCCUUGUGUUUGCAGGCUUGUCAUGGUAAUGGGUUCGGACAUUGACUUCAAGUGCCAAAAUGUUUAGUAAUAAAUUAAACGUUUUUGUUUCCAAGGUUUUGUAGUUCUAAUGGGAGGAUUUCUUUUGUUAAUUUAAUGAACAAUUGAGGGUUGUUCUUGGAGAAAAAGCUGAAGAAACUUGAUUGAUAU